CCCCUUUGUUAGCGUUUUCCCAGGGAAUCCUGUAUUGUUUCAGCUUCGUUGAAAAGCGGGAGCUGUCAGAGAGAUGACUUUGUUCACGGCGAUGCUCCUCCAGAGCAGCAUCGCUUUGUUCGAGCUCCCGUAAGCCAUUUGUCACACAAGUGCCACCGCGAUGCUGUAACGAGCCGGCUGCCUUCCGCGGCUGGCAGGCAGCGGGGCCGCGUCCCUCUUCCUUACUCUUUCCCAGCAGCUGGAGCAGGCUGUCCGGGAGAAGAAUGUUAACCACCGGUCCCUAGCAGCAUAUCCUGACUUCUGAUCUCUUAUAUUAAAGAAAAACACCCAUUUCAGAGAGAGUGCAAAACUGUGUGAAAGCAGAGAACACUACACCCCAUCUUAAAAAAAAGCUUCAAUAUUCUCCGCUGACUGCACGUAGCUCUGGAGCACUUGAGUGAGUUGGUGAUCUGUGGGGUUUUUAAUGAGCAGAGAAGAUCAAGUCUGGAGUGUCUCUGACUUCAUCUGAAAUUGUAGGCAUGAUCAAUUUGUUUAAGAAACCUUACAAGAAAAAGGCAGGCAAAUUCCAGCCUUUCAAGAAGCUCUUCAGCAAGAGGAAGAAAAGAGAGCCUGCCUUAGACUGUGAGGAACCCAAGCUGAAGCCCAGCCACUCCUUCGGCAAUAUCUGCAACGGCACCUCCUCCGAUGAAGAGCCAAGCAGUGGGCUGAGAUCCUCCCAUUAUUCUAUGGGCAGUCGAGCUUUUUCCCAUGACAGUAUUUUUAUACCUGAUGGGAGAACAGAGAGUGAACAGGCCAUCCAAGCAAUGUCACAGGAGAACGUUUUAGGAAAAGUGAAAACUCUUCAGCAACAGUUGGCCAAGAAUAUAAAAUUUGGGCAGCCUCCACAAAUGACAGUUUCUGCGAAGACAAUGGGGGAAGCAAACACUAGUAUAGAAGAGGAUGUGUUGCUCAGCAGCCCCAUGGAGAUUGAGACUCAGCAAGACCCAGUGAUCUCAGACAGUGGUAAUAAACCCACUGACACUCCAGAUUUCUUGAGAAUGCUAAAUUUGCCUGGAACAGGACAUGAAGUGGAAGAAAAGGUCACUCCAGUCAAAUCAGCUCGGCCAAAAAGACAAUUUUCCUGUUCUGGCACAAUUGAAACAAUCAAUUUGGAUUCAGUUCCCCAGGCUGUUGCUCGUCUAGACAACAGUGCAGCGAAGCACAAGCUGUCAGUGAAGCCAAAAAAGCAGAGGGUAUCAAGAAAGCACAAGAGAUUAACAAAGGGAUCACAAAGUCUAACAAUAACAGAAUUUGAGCCAGAGGACCUGGAAACUCAGCUGUAUGAGGACAUAUACCCAGGUUAUAAUGGACACUUCAUAGCAGACAAGCUAAUCCAGGGCAGAAAUGAGCAGAAGCAGCUUCAGCUUGCAGAGGAGAAAAGAAUUGAAGAUCACUGGGGAAUCCUUGAGGCUGAAAGGAUAAGGCAGAUUGUAGAAAUGGACGAACAAAGAGAAAUGGAAGAAAAAAGGUGCCAAGAACUUGAACAGAUGAGGAAAGAACAGGAGAAGAGGUGUUGUGAAGAAGAGAGGAGGCAGUAUCUCCUUGAGGGAGAGACAUCUUUGGAAACAGAAGAGCAAACAUGUUAUAAAGAGGAGAGAAGACUGAUAGAGACUGAAAAGAGGCAAGAGCUGGAGAAGAUGAGGUGUCAGGAACUGGAGAAGCAAAGACAGAAGGAGUUGGAAGAGCAACAAAGUCAAGAGCUGGAAGUGCAGAAGCUCAAGGAACAGGAGGAGCAACAGAGAAGAGAGCUGGAGGUGCAAAAGCUCAAGGAACAGGAGAAACAGAGACAAGAGCUGGAGGUGCAGAAGCUCAAGGAACAAGAAGAGCAACAGAGACGAGAGCUGGAGGUGCAGAAGCUCAAGGAACAGGAGAAACAGAGACAAGAGCUGGAGGUGCAGAAGCUCAAGGAACAAGAAGAGCAACAGAGACGAGAGCUGGAGGUGCAAAAGCUCAAGGAACAGGAGAAACAGAGACAAGAGCUGGAGGUGCAGAAGCUCAAGGAACAGGAGGAGCAACAGAGACGAGAGCUGGAAGUGCAGAAGCUCAAGGAACAGGAGGAGGAACAGAGACGAGAGCUGGAGGUGCAGAAGCACCGGGAACAGCAGGAGCAGACACAAAAGGAAUUGGAGGAGCAGAAGCAUCAAGAAUGGAAAGAGCAGAAGUGCAAAGAGCUGGAGGAAAAACAGAGACGAAAGCUGAAGGAGCAGAAGAGGCUAGAGCUGGACGAAUUAAGGCAACAGAGCACUGAAAAAGAGUGUCAAGAGGAAGAAGAAAGAAAUUGUCUGGAGGAACCAAAAGUACUCAAGGAACAAAAUAAGGAAGAAUUACAGAGACAUGACCUAGAAGAGAAAGAGCUUCAAGACACUGAAAUAAAACUGAAGGAUAAAGAACCUGAGAGCCUCAAGCAAGAGAAGAAGCAGGAGGAACAAAGGCAUUUGAAGGAGAAAGAAGAAAAGACAGAGAAGGAACAACCCCAGCAAGUAAUAGAUAAGAAAAAGAAACGGGAAGAGCAGAGGAAACACAAGCUCACAAAACAAAUGCACAUGGAAAGUUCAGAGAGUGUGCUACAAUAUGAAACGAAGCAGCAGAAGGAACAGGAUGGACAAGAAUGGAACAAGCUGAAAGAGCAGAAAGUAGACACAGAAGGACAAAAUUUUCAACAAACCCAAGAAAUAUCCUUGGAACAGCCACAAGACAAGGAUCAGUUGUGUUCCGGAGGGGCUGAUAAGCAUCCAAUAGAGGAGAAGUUCCAAGAAGGAUCAAGAGCCCAAAAUCUCAAACAGCCAGAAAAAGGGAAUAAAACAGCAGAAGAAAUACUAGCUGAGAAACUGAAGAGAGAUGUUGAGGCUCAGGAGCAAAAGCGCAUAGGGGAGGAACUUCGGUGGCAAGAGGUAGAUGAAAGACAAACUGCGUCCAGACCCUUCACAUUUCAAGUGUCUUCUGGAGAUAAACAGAUCAUAUUUCAGAAAGUAAAUUUGAGUCCUGUCACGCCCAUCAAAGGAACAGGACCCUCUUCUCCAUCUGUCAAAGACUGCAGGGUGCACACGAUCAGUAAGGGCUCUCAUACUCUCCCGUCAUCUGCGUGCGUACCCCACACAGCUAUUUUGGUUACUGGAGCACAGCUGUGUGGCACAGCAGUUAACCUGAACCAGAUUAAGGACACGGCUUGCAAAUCAUUACUUGGCUUAACGGAAGAGAGGAAAACUGUGGAAAUUCCUUCACCGGAGAAGUCCCUGAAAAAAAAACAGGAUACCAAACCUAGCAGCAGUAAAAUUAAACAAGCUCAAGAGACAUUGAACAACCAGGCCGUACUAGCUGAGUGGGCCUCUAUUCGCUCCAGAAUACUAAAGAAUGCAGAAAACAACAAAUAUAAUGAGAGAGACCGAGUUAGUGUCUGCAGGCACAGUGACGACUGGACGCCCCGAGGACGGGGUGCUCCCCAUGGCAAUUUAAGGAAAACCCUUUCUGCAAAUGCAAAGUUCUCAAUAACACCAGCAUGGCAGAAAUUUUCAGAAGUUUCAAAAACCAAUUCAGACCCUGAGAAUGUAAGUGUGGCAAAAGGCAAUGAAAAGGCUGUGGGGAAAAACACUGGCUCAUCCGCUGAUUUGAAGGAGGACAUGGCUACCACUUUUAAGGAUAAUUUAGCUGAAAAGGCUAAGGAGAAAAUGGAAACCCAUAGUGAAGUGACAGACAAUACAGAAGGCUGUAAAUUUGCAAAAGAUCUUCCAUCUUUCCUUGUUCCAAGUUUUCCUCAUUCUCCAGGUAAAGAAUUACCUAAGCCAGAACAUCCCAGUGCUCUGGAAAAUCAGCAAAAUAACAGUACAAAAAAAGCAGAUAAACCAUCACCAAAUGGAGAAGAAAACAUUUCUCCUUUUGGGAUAAAGUUAAGAAGGACAAACUACUCUUUACGUUUCCAUUAUGAUCAACAGGCAGAGCAAAGGAAAAAGAAAAGAUACAGUGCAGGAGACAGUUUUGAUGGUGUGCCUGACCCACUCACCUCAACAGAAGGUGAGAAAGAAUCUGCUGUUUUUGCACCACAAGAGAGUACAUCCCCUGAUGUGGGGAGAGCAAAUGUCCCUGGUAAUUUAAAAGACUCUUCAGUUACUGUGAUUGAGUUUUCACAGCCAGUGAUCACACCAGCCACUGGCCAGAGUGCUUUACUCGCUCAUGAGAAACCAGCGUGCAAGUCAGUGGUCCCACAGAAACCUGCUUUAGCUCCGAAGCCCACCAGCCAAACCCCACCACCAUCUCCUCUCUCUAAAAUGAACAGAUCAAACCUAUCUGAAACGCUGGGGCAGAGGGUGGUUAAAGCUGAAUCAGAUGGUGGCUGGAGAAAAGAGGACAGGGCAAAUCCAGUGCACCCCACACCGUCCGAUGAGUACAAAAAUGAAGAGGAAGAAGUCAAAGAAAAGAAGUCAUUUUUCCCAUCUCUAAGUAUUCCAUGGAGAGAAAAAAACGACAAAAAGCCUGAGCCAUUGAAGAAAGAAAAGCCUGUCCUCCAGAGCAGGCACUCUUUAGAUGGCUCUAAAUUGAUGGAAAAAGUGGAAACUUCACAACCGCUUUGGAUUACAUUAGCGCUGCAAAAGCAAAAGGGAUUUCGUGAGCAGCAAGCCACAAGGGAAGAGAGGAGACAAGCCAGAGAGGCGAAGCAAGCAGAGAAGCUGGCUAAAGAAAAUGCUGCUGUAAGUAAUCAGACAGAUAAUAAAAGCAGCAGCAGCAGCAGCAAAACAAGCACACUGCAGAAAUCUACAACUCAAGAAGGGGAGAAGAAAACUGAGACUGCUGUGUCAAGACUAGAAAGAAGGGAGCAGCUAAAAAAGUCAAAUACCCUUCCAACUUCUGUGACAGUGGAAAUUUCAGAUUCUGUUCCAUCAACUCCACUGACAAAAGAGGUGGCCAAGAGAUUCUCUACGCCUGAUGCUAACCCUGUGUCAACAGAACCGGCCUGGCUUGCAUUAGCCAAGAGGAAAGCAAAAGCCUGGAGUGACUGUCCACAGAUCAUCAAGUAAACUGUACAACUACAUCUCUAUUGAUGACUAUUAAUUGCUUUCUUUUAUUUAUUCUGCAUUUCACACAUGACAAAAUUGAAAAUGCAUGUAUGGAAGGACUGAAAACUGAACUGAUAACCAUUUUGCUCUAGCUCACUGUUAAGCCUACUCAAGUCAUAUAUUUCAUUGCUUUGACAAAUAGCUAAAUGAGGUCAUGGCAAAAAUUUCACAGCCAGACUCUCAAGAACUUAAGAAUGUUCAGAUACUGGAUAUAAAUUUUAGCGAGCAUCAUAAGGGCCAGAACUUCAGUUCAGAUGCUUCUUAAAUUCUGUGGGUACUUGGUUCUGGAAUUUUAGAUCUCUAUACUUUAAUUGAGAUCUCAGAAUUUUUUUUCAGCAGUCUGUUGUUAAAAUUAAGGCAAGAUGCAUGUUCCCUUCUCUUAUUCAUAAUUUUUUAAAAAAUGUUAAACUGUAUGAACUGUCAGUUCUGCCUGCUAUUUGAAAGCUUUUUCCCUAAUGAAGAACUUCGGGAUAUACUGUUCCACAGGCAAAUAAUAAGUAGAAAGAUGGUACCAUCCAAAUGCUGAGGUAUUUUCUUCCAUCGUAGUAUUAAAAUACUACAUCUACAUUCCCUCAUUCCUAGGAAGAAAACUAUUAAUCCUACUUUAAAAACCCCACAGUUAUUUAAACAAAUACCAUUAAGUUUUCAGAAAGAAGCCAGGAAGUCAGUGUUUCUUUUAGUCAUUUAAAUGCAUCACUGUUUGUGCUUGGCCAUAUUUAAGAUGCAUAGAGACAGUGAUUGCAGAUUACAACUUUAAAUCAAUUGAAUGACUGGAAUUAAACUAUUCCUGUGCAAAUGUAGCUAUAGAAUUUGUCUCAGUUAAGUUCCCACAGGAGUAAGACUGGCAGAACUGAAGUUAACUGAGAACUGAAAGUUAAGUCAGUGAGAGUCUCAGGAGUUUUAACUCAGCAUUCUUCCCGCUUUUACUCCACAUGAAACUUCAGGUAGUUCAGAUAACUUCCUGUACUUUGACCAAUACAGCCAGAUCACUUCAGAAAAGGUUACUUACCUCAUCUCAGGUAUCUGCCGUGGCAAUUGAACACUUUGUUACUUCACCUAACUAAAAUAAAAAUGUUCACUCCUUCUCUCUUACAGAAAAGGAUAAAGUCCAUGAUGUAAUAAAAAUGUCGCUAUCCUCAACAUCCCAUCGAAAUAGCUAGGUCUGCAUUUUUAAAAGUCACCCUAUUAAAUAGGUCACUUGAGUUGGUUUUACAAGGAAGACUUUAAAAAAAUCUGAAUGCCUCCUUAUAACCAUAAAGCUCAAAGGCACCUUUGAGCCUACAACAUCAUAAAAGGAGACAUUUUCAUAAAAAGAACACACAUCAUUAUAGAAUGAUACCACAUAUGCUUCAUGGAAGUGUUUUAGCCAAACUGCUGUAUGCAGCAUGAGGAGUAGCACUUUAUGCAGAAAACAGAAUGAAACCUGUUGUAUCCUCCUGUUCCCAGAAUCAAGCAGCAAGUCAUGGUCGAGUACAGCCUUUCCCACCAAACAGCCACUCAGUCUCAUGGUUACAAUAGCACAAACACAGUGGAUGUGUUAGGUUGAGUAGAUAUGCAGCAGCAAGAUGGGCUUUCUUGGUCAAAAGCCAUCAGUUUUGCUCAGUUUCAUAUUUAAAACAGAAUCUCUGAAGUAACUUUUUACUGUUUGUUAAUAUAAGUAAUUACUAUGUUUUAAACAGAAGUGGGGCAAUGCUGCUCUCAAGUGCUUAGGGGGAAAAAAAACUUAAUGCCUUCAAUAUCUGAAGAAAGAAUUGGCCCCAUAAUUCUUUUUUGCUCUGCUAGCACCAGGAAUUAGUGCAUCGUAAGUUAAAUUUAAGGUUUUUUCCAAGUUGGUUUGCCUGCAGUAUCUAUCUGUAAUCUAAACUGCCUGAAACCCAUCUUUACAAUUAUUUCUUGGGAGGGGGAGCCAGGUAGACAUACAGAGAAGGUGAAGUAAAUCAGGAUUAAAAAUACUCUGAAAAGCAUAGCAAAGUUAGGUGCUAUUGUGCAUGACAUAAGGAUGCAAUUUUCCAAUACAAUCCAUUUACAGCACAUAGAAUAAGCUUUCAUUAUGUUCUUAAGAUGAAGCUUCAAAGCAGAGGGUUUUUUCAACCAUAAAGGUAUCUAGUGUAGCAAUGGAAACUGUUACGUGCAGUACUCAAUGGAAACAUUUCUAAAGUGUACAUGUGCAACAGUGACAUUUCAUGUUAAAUUAACAAAAAUUUGCACUAAAUACCAACGAAGUGAAGUGUUACUUUGCUUUAGCUUUGUUGCAACCAUUUCUGAUAAAGUAUUGGAAAACUGUAAAAAUAAAUGCAAAACAUUACUACCCAGUUUAAAACAACAGAAAUAUUUUAAGAACUGAACAAGCCACUAUGUAGUAUAUUGUCUCAAAUUUUUGUAACUUAUACAAACACAAAAUACCAUUUCUUCUGACAAGGUUAUAUAUGAUUAACCUCUAUGUUCAUAUAGUAAUGUAUAAAAACUAUAAGAUGUAUAAUUGUGGGGUAUUCGUUGUGUACUUUUUUAAUUUUUCAAAUGUUUUAAAGUGCAAUUGUUUAUUAUACUAAUGUCAUUUUAAUUCUUAUUAAACUAUAACCCAGUCAAAAUUACCUAAUCGA